AUGGACCAUAUUGAAAGAGAGUUGGUUGUGGUUACUCGUGGCGGUAAGGUGGCGAUAGGGGAUAUGAUGGAAGAUGAGGAUACUCAAAAACAUGAAGAGUUUCAAGGAGUGGAGGAACGAGAUUUGCUUAUUCAGCAAGGCCUUACUAAAGAACCACAGGAGGAAGCAGAUCAACAAGUUCAAAGCUUAUCAAUCAACAUUCCUUUGGUAGAAGCAUUGUUGGAAAUGCCGGGAUACGCCAAAUUCAUGAAAGAAUUGGUUACAAAGAAAGGGAACUUGGAAUAUGAAACCAUAGAGGUGCCCCAUAGUUGCAGUGCAAUUAUGACAAAUGAUUCAAUCACUGAGAGAGAAGAUCCUGGAGCAUUCACAAUCCCGUGCACAAUUGGCAUGCUCCAAUUUGCUAAAGCCUUGUGGGACUUACGGGCAAGUAUCAACUUGAUGCCCUAUGCAAUAAACAAGAAACUUGGUUUGGGUGAACCAAAGGCAACCACAAUGAGACUCCUCAUGGCUAAUAGAUCAAUCAAGCACCCAGUCAGAAUACUCUAUGACAUAUUAGUAAAAGUGGAUCGGUUUAUCUUUUCGGUUGAUUUUGUGAUUCUAGACUGUGAGAUCGAUGCUGAAAUUUCCAUUAUUUUGGGAAGGCCUUUCUUAGCUACAGGGAGAGCGCUAGUGGAUGUUGAAUGCGGGAAAUUGACGUUCUGUGUGAAUGAUGAUGAGGUGACCUGA